UUAGAUCAUAACAGUUUGAUUUCCGUCACGUUUUGUUCGUUUGUAGCUUUUUAUAAAAUCUGUUGCUAUUUUCCCGAUUUUUUGUGCGUUUCAAACGUUCUUGUUGCCGUUUGUCUUGUCUUUUUGUUUCAUGGCGGCAGCACCUGUCACCUGUCAUUUUUUCUUCUGUCUGUAUUAUUUACAGUCCCAGCUGUGUGCAUCCGAUGUGAUAUGUUUACAGUGCAAUAAAAUGCACACUCGUUAUCUCUGUGUAAAUACGAGAUAAGCUGUUUGUCGAAAUGGGUUUCGAGACGGAUUCUCCAGUUCACACAGUUUGGAAAAGUGACCUGUACCGGAUGCAGCUAGCCGCCCCCGUGCCCAUUCCGAUCAUAAGCGAUGAGGUGCCCCCCGAUCUGCCCAAUUACCUGGGACGAGAUUACCAUGGAGCCAUCUCGCACGUUGAAGCCCAGAAUCUCCUCAGUGCUCACGAAAACGGGGCGUAUCUGGUCCGAAGCAGCCCCUCGGCAAACGGCAGGUUCCACACUUUGAGUCUCAAAUUUAAUAAUAAAAUUCAUCACUACAAGCUUUUCUAUGACCCCAACUCGGGGCUGUAUGUUCGAGAAAAAAGAUACGAUUGCGUGCGGUCGCUAGUCGCUGAUGGACUAGUUACCAUGUAUCUAGAACUGAAAGCCCCCAUGAUCUUGCAGAGACUUGCCACCGCCAAUUAUCAGGAGAGUCCUUAUAUGACGCUGAAUAAGCGCAAACUGAGGGCUCUGACGAAGGAAAAUGCCAAAAAUAAGAAUUACAUGACAGACGCAAACAUUCCUCAGAGUAUUCCAUUAAGUCAACAGAUAUUAGGACCUAAUUUUCCCGAGAAAUACGAGAAACAGCAUUCUUUUAAACUGACGACUUUUAAGGGUCUUAAUUGGUGCGAAUUGUGUGGAAAUUUUCUGUGGGGCUUUACCUUCCAGGGAAAGCGAUGUGAGGACUGUGGAAUGAUUGCUCAUGUACGAUGCUCCGAAAAGUUUCCCAAUGAUUGCGUUCCCGAUCUCAAAUACUUACGAGGCGUUUUUGGAAUCGAAUUAACAACGCUUUUAACAGCACACAAUGCCAAAUUACCGUUCGUAGUGACAAAAUCGGUAGCGGAAGUUGAGGCCAGAGGUCUGACAACCGAAGGAAUUUACCGCCUGAGCGGAUUCGCAGAAGAAAUAGAAGCCAUCAAAAUGGCAUUUGACAAAGACGGCGAGAAAGCAGACUUGAGCCAAGAAAAAUAUCCAAACAUCAACGUGAUAACCGGAGCGUUGAAGUCGUACCUGAGGUUAUUGCCGAUACCUCUUAUUACUUUUAUCGUGCAUCCGCUUCUGAUAGACGCGAUGCAACACAAAAAUAACGAUUUGAAAAUAUCGUCGAUUAAACAUGCGUUGAAGUCGUUGCCAAAAGCUCAUUAUGACACUUUAAAAUAUGUGGUUGAGCAUUUGCACAGGGUAUCUUUACAUUCUGCCAUCAAUAAAAUGAACCCACACAACCUGGCCACGGUGUUCGCGCCGACGCUCAUUGGACCCAUCGAAUCCACAAGCGACGUUUUACCAGACAUGACAAGUGAUAUUUUAUUAAUUGAAACUAUGAUAACGUCGUGCGAAAGUAUUUUCAAGACUUGAGCAGAAAAAGACAAGCUUUAUAGAGUUCUUUCAUAAAGAAUUAAACCAGUAUCAGUACUAAUUUAUGCAUAAACAUGUCGUUAUCAUUUUCAGCACUUGGUUUUCUGAAUGCACGCGCCUUUUAUACUAGUGAAAAUGUGAUUGUUUUUCUUGUGAUACGACCAAAAAGAUAUUAGUGGAUAGUAUUCUCUCACUGCAACCAACAUACUUUUUAUUAUUUUAACAGUGUAACGGUACAUUAAACUUUUUUAUAACAAA